AUGUUCUGUCUAUGUCUCUUUUUGAUUCUUUUUGUGUCAGGUUAUUACUAUGGCCUUUCACUGGCCGUGACGAACUUAUCGGUGGCCUUAGUGCCCAUUGCCAUGGUCAGUUUUCCAGUCAUGCAGCUGACGCUGAUGUGCGCUGUCCUCUGGUGGAAACAAACUUCGCUUUGUCUUCUUUGGCCAUGGAGAUACGCUGCAGCAAGUUAUCAUGACCUUUUUCUAUCAGCAGGGACUCUGUUGCUCUUGAACUUGGUAAGUCCGCUGCUGAUUCUGGAAGAUGAUAACAGUUCCUCGCUGCUUUCCCUACUUCUAGCCAUCUUGGUGCUGGGGUUGCCGGUGGUAACUGCAGUGGCCGUUGCCGGCCUACUUUGGCGCUUCUGGAGGAAGGACACGGGUUUUGCCAUGUUUUUGAGUCAUCACAAAGCAGCUGCUGGUGCACUCUGUCGGCUGCUGACCAUAGUCCUCCAAGAGCACAAGAAGCAGUUCAGGUGGCAGAUCUUUCUAGAUUCAGAUCGACUUGAAGAGGUCACAAGUUUGGUGGACAUCAUUCGAUAUCAGACCAAAUGCUUCGUGCCUGUGAUUUCUCAGGAGUAUUUCCAGAGGCCGUGGUGUGUAGCUGAGCUUGCGACAGCCUUCCUGCACAAUGUUCCACUUGUACCUCUUCUAAUCGACGGAUUUACUUUCAGUGAGGAUGGGCUGCAGACGUGCGAGCAAGUUUGCUCUUCGUUUCAAGGGGAUUUCUUCGAACACCUCCAAGUCUCCUCCGAGACUUUACGAGCUGCCUACGAACACAUCAGCGGGAUGAAGAGUGAGACGAAAGUCUCGUGGAACAUCCUCAACCGGAACGACAGUGUGAAGACCCAAGAACUUGCGAUGUUGAAUUUGGCCGAGACUGUGCAGAGCAUCUCUAGAAAAAGGGCAAGUUCAAACGUGCCGCCCGCGCCCUACAUGCUCAUCUCCACAGCGAGCAAGGCGCGAAUCUUUGUGUGCGCCAGUGAGGAGCCCGAAGCGCACUCGACGGUGUCUACUUUGAUGACAAGUUCACACAGCAACUUCUGGAACUUCAACGACUACAGACAAGUUCGGAAUCCCCCGGACAUGGUGGAGCAAGCCUUCCGCCGGCUCUUUGUGACCAUUGCCUUGCCAUUUUCACCUGCGGGCACUUUUGGCAAAACUUUGGAGAGAUGA